GGCAAUGGCGGAUUACGAUAACUACGAUGACCGGGAUCGGGCUUACGGUAGUUUUGGUGGAGGCAGAGGGUAAGAAAAUACCUGGACGAAUAGAAUGUAUCAGUAUUAACGUAUGGUGAUGCGAGAAAACGCACUGAUGACUUAGUAUAUACAGGGGCUUGUUCGAAAUUCUUCUGAAAGAUAGGCCCGGGUUCAGAACUCGGGCCAGACAGUGUCAGUGUGGUUAGCCUCUCACGGCCGCUUUGAUGAAUGGGAAGCCGGUAUUGAGGGCGGGGAAAACUCGUGGAUUGACCAUAGCUAGCUACUUCCAGAUACUGCCAGCAUGGCACUUGGCGCCAGCAUCUCAUGGGCUGCAUGUUGUGCUAGCAAGUCAGGGACUGCGUCGAAUGGCCAAAUCGGAGGUGGCAGUGGACCUGGUGGACCUCGCAAGCAGAAGGAUCUACCAACAGAUCCCCCAUACACAGCAUAUGUGGGCAACCUGCCCUUCAACACAGUACAAGGAGACAUAGACGCCAUUUUCAAAGACCUCAACGUCAGGAGUGUUCGACUAGUUAGAGACAAAGAAACUGACAAAUUUAAAGGUUUUUGUUAUGUGGAGUUUGAUGACUUGGAAUCCCUUAAAGAAGCUUUGACGUAUGAUGGUGCUCUCCUUGGAGACCGGUCACUCAGGGUUGACAUAGCAGAGGGCCGAAAACAAGAGAGGGGUGCCGGAGGAUUCGGCUUCCGGGGGAACGACAGAGGAGGCCGAGGGGGCUCUCGUGGAGGUGGUCCCAGGGGAGGUUCCAGAGACGACUACGAAGGAGGCUACAGAGGAGAUGACGACUUCGGGCGGGGUCGAGGAGGCAGCCGCGGUGGUGACAGAAGGGGAGGUGGUGGAGGAGCAGGCAUGGGGGGACGCUACAGGGACGGUGGACCACCACCGCGCGCCGGCGCGGAAGACUUCAGAGAACCCUCUGACGAGGAGAGGGCGCAGAGACCACGGCUUCAGCUGAAGCCACGCACGGUGGCUGCCCCACUGAACCAAGUCGCCAACCCCAACUCUGCCAUAUUUGGCGGAGCCAAGCCCAGGGAGGAGCUUGAAAAAGAGGCAGAAAAGGAAUAGAUAUAUCCACGUGGCUGCAUUAUUCUGGAAGUCUACUCUGGAUCUACUGGCUUUGUUUACCAAAAAUCUUUCAAAGACUUCUCCCAAAGAGCUCGCUGGGGAGUCAGGCGCUGGGUUCCUCUUUCUGCUCGCUAACACAAAGCAGGCCUUCAUCUAAUUGGAAAAAAAGAGCAGUUGGACCCAAGGCUGCUGUGAGGGGCAGGGGUCAGGCCUAUGUCAACCUGACCCGUACCCCACACACAUCAAAAGGAACUCUGGACAGUGGCUUCAGUUUGGUUCUGUUGCCUUUGGGUAAGGACUUUGCUGUGUCAUUUUCUCUUACCUUUCCCAAGGCAUCCGUUGUGUUCACCAAAUGAUUUGCAGUUUUAGACAUACAGCUGUAAAAAGCUGUUCCUUUGGUGUGUUUUAUACAUUUUCCUCCUAAAUUUCUGCUCUAUUUGUGAAAUGAUUAUCAUUUCAGCUUCAAAUUUCCACUGUCUUAAAUAUUAAAUGAUAACAUUGCCAAGAGAACUGAAUCCUUAAUGUUGUCUCAAUGUGUAAUUCUGGAACCUGAUUUUGAAAGAUUUUUGAUCUUAGUCUGUUCAAUCCAGGAAAAAAUGGCUUCCUGCAAUAAUGGAGCGAUGCGAGGAGAAGCUGAAGCGCUCACUAGAUUAAAUCAGAAACAUGGGUUAUUGCAACGGUCUUUGUCUGGCAACUUUCUACUUCCACAGCUUGCUAGUUAUAUGCAUUUUAUCAACAAAAAAAUGUAUCACCUAAACACUGCAAAAUAUACAACUUUAACAUAGGAAACUGUUAACUGAAAAAAAAAAAAAAAAAAAAUCUGCUCAUUUGUCCCAUGGAGACUGGCUAAAUCUAGUCUGCCUACCAGUAGAUGGUGUAGGAUGCUUUUGAGAAUUUGUUGCGCUACCAUUUUUAUUUACAUUUUACUGGUUAUGAAAUUUAGUGAUACCUUGUUCUUACUGUACUAUAGAAAGAUCUGCUGUUUUUAUUCAUUUUUUUGUUCAUUUUCCUACACUGUUUAUGGCAAUAAAAUGUAUAAUCUUACAAAUGUAUUAUGAAUAUGUUUUAGUGGGAUGGGUGAAUGAGUCAAGGCAAUGAAGUAGUUCUCUGAGAACACAUGAACCAAUGUGAACAUGGAAUAAAAACAUUUAAAUUUAA